AUGCUCAAGAAUCGAGGGUUGCGGGUCACCAUCCUCAAGCUCGAUCCCUAUCUGAACGUUGACCCCGGCACGAUGUCGCCUCUCGAACACGGCGAGGUCUUCGUAACCAUGGAUGGUAGCGAAACGGAUCUGGACCUGGGGCACUACGAACGCUUUUUGAACCAGGACUUCACGAUCCUGUCGAACGUGACCGCGGGCCAGAUCUACAACGAGCUGCUGGACAAGGAACGUAUGGGUUCGGAGUUUUUGGGCGAGACGGUGCAGGUGGUGCCGCAUCUUGUGAGCGCGGUUGCUCGGCGGAUCAAGAAGUUGGGAGAGAGCGAGGACGCGGAUGUGGUGAUCGUCGAGGUCGCGGCACGGUCGGCGACAUGGAGGCGGAGGCGUUUAUCGAGGCGGUGCGUUGGAUGCGAGACAUGGAGGGACGCCAAAACUCGUUUUCAAUACAUCCUCACGUUGGUUCCUUUGCUGAAACCGACAAAUGAGUUGAAGACGAAGCCGACGCAGCACAGCGUCCGUGCGCUCCGAGCGUUGGGUAUCCAACCGGAUGCGAUUCUCUGUCGUCUUAACGACCCAACGGAUUCGGAGGAAGAGGCGGAGAGCCUGAAGGACAAGAUCAGUCUUCACUGCGGGGUGCCGCGUGACGCCAUCAUCUAUCUCCCAACUUUGGGCAAUGUCUACGCGGUUCCUGGUUGGUUGGAAAAACAGGGAUUGGCAGAGGUGAUCAUGGAUCGCCUCGGAUUCGAGCGGCGGGAUCCGGUGGUGCCACCGGUGUGGAAGGCGUUGGCGGAUAAGCCGAACUUGGCGAACGACGGCGAAGUUUCCAUCGCGAUCGUGGGCAAAUACACGAGCCUCCAGGACUCUUACCUCUCGGUAGUUGAAGCAUUGCGCCACGCGGAGUUGAACCAAGGUAUCCGCAUUGAUCUCGAAUGGACGCCGUCGGAGUUGAUCGAGGAGAAUGGCGCAGAUCGCUAUCUCUCGAAGGCGCAGGGCAUUGUGGUUCCGGGCGGUUUCGACAAGCGCGGGACAGAGGGCAUGAUCCAGACCGCGCAGUACGCUCGUGAACGGGAGAUACCGUAUCUGGGCCUGUGCCUGGGCUUGCAGAUGAUGAUCAUCGAAUUCGCCCGCCACGUCGCGGGUAUCGAAGAAGCGGAUUCGACGGAGUUCGAUGCGGCAGCGUCGGAACCGGUGAUCGCGCUGAUGGAAGAACAGAAGAACGUAACCGAGAUUGGCGGGACGAUGCGACUCGGUGCGUAUUCCUGCGUUCUCACACCGGGCACCAGAGCCUACGAGGCUUACGCGAUGGCUAAGAACGGCAGCGAGAAGCACAACGGAACCUUCAAGAUCAACGAGCGCCAUCGCCAUCGGUUCGAGUACAACAACGCGUAUCGGGAUCGGUUGGAGCGGUUAGGUCUUCUUAGCAGCGGGAUGAAUCCGGAGUUAUCGUUGGUCGAAAUUGCCGAGAUCUCUGAUCACCCGUUCAUGUUGGGCAGUCAGUUCCAUCCGGAGUUCAGGUCUCGCCCCGAACAGCCGCAUCCGUUGUUCGAUCUCUUCGUGCGUUACGCGCGUCAGUUCCGACCCGACGGCACGCAGCACCAACUUUUCGCGAGCGCGGUGUCCGUCGGAAGUUGA